AUGUCCAAACAUUUACCAGCAGAUUGUCUUGGAAAAAUUUUCACAUACCUUGAUGAGGAUUCAAAUACACUGCAUUCCUGUAUUCUUGUCAAUACUCAGUGGUGUGAAAGCGCAGUUGUGAUUUUAUGGAGUCAACCAUUUAGAUUUUUACAUGCAUUUAGAGAUAAAAAAACAUGUUUACCAUGGACUGAAAGGGCAGCUAGUCUUCUCGGAAUAUAUAUGUCAUGCCUCCAAGAUCAGGAAACCUGUAGUCGUCAACCUUAUAAACUACCCAUUUUUAACUAUAUUCAAUUUUUAAAAUGUCUAGAUAUCAGUGAAUUUUCAGAAGCAGUAUUUGGAUAUUUACAGACAGGGCAGGGUAAACUUAUAAAUCAACCAACUUUUUUUCAUGCUAAAUUACAUUCGUUCAACAUGAAUGUUUUUGGACAAACAGUAGUAAAACCGCAGCUUGUAGGAUGUAAAAGGAUCAUGACAUCCACAUCAAUAAGUGGAUGUGACACUAUUGUUGCAUAUUUACUCAACACAAAUAUUCUUGGAAAACUUUUAAUGAAUAAUUCAGUUAUCAUUAGAACUUUGCGUGUUACUAACCAAAGAUCUUGUGUAAUAGAACCCCAUUUGUGGUUACAUACACUCCUUCCAAACACCAAUCAUCGACUCUCUCAACUCACUAGUUUGAUCUGUAAAACGCCAUGCCAUGCACAGUUAUUUUACACACUUUCUAGAUUCGCAAAUCAUUUACAAACUAUAAAAAUUUGGAUGGAUAUCCCACCUGCAAUUGUUAACCCAAAAAAUUUAUUAAAACAUGGAAUAGAGAGUUUAAAUGCACAAGUUGAAGGUAUUUCGACACUGAUCAGAUCUCAACAAGAGUUAAAAGAAUUUGAACUUGGAUAUACAGAAUUAGGAUUAAGUGAAAUAAUUUCAGCAUUAAUUACACAAAUAAAUACGUUGCGAAACAUUACAUUUUUUAAAGUUAAUUUCAAGGAUUGGAAACCACUUUUUAGAUUAAUUGAACUUGCAAAUUUAGAAGAACUUUUGCUGAAUUCAUGCUAUUAUUUAUCAACCUGUGUCGUUAGUUUAUCAACUGGAAUAGAUGAUAUGACUGAUAUUAAUGAUUUUGAAUCUAGAAUAGAAAAAUUAGAAAUUUCAUCAGCACCAUGCGGAGUAAUUGAAACAAUUUUACUUAUGCAAGCUAUAUCACAAUAUUGUCAAAAUUUAACUUUAGCGAAAAUUUAUGUUGAUGCCAAUUCAUUACCAUAUUUACAUACAUUACUUUUUUCAUGUUCAACCAUACAAACUUUAACGAUAUUCGGACCAAGACAUCCGGAAAUAAAUGUAAAUAAUGUACUUCAAAAAUUUAGUUUAGUCAAUUUGAAUUACUUGGAAAAUUUAAGCAUACAUUCAUGUUGGACAUAUACACCAGAAAGUUUAGAUUUAUUUUUAAGUAAUCCUACAUUAAAAUUGAAAAAAUUGGAAAUUUUAUGGAGUAGAUGUUUUGGAAAUGAACAUUUAGAUGUUGUUUUGAAAAGAUUAUGUUUUAGAGGGAGUGAAAUGAGAAGAGAAAAUAGAGAAAGUAUAAUACGUGGCGCAGAUCGACAGAGAGUUAGAGGUAACCUAAUUUUCAAGAGAAAUAAUGGAUUGGAAUUAUUACAUAUACAAACUCAACAAAUAUUAAAAUAUGAAAGAACUCGAAAAAUUAAAAAAGUAAUUAAGGACUUUAAGGUUGCUAAUUGGUAG